GGCAACGGGGGAAGCGGGUAAACACUCGGCUGGGAGGCGGCAUGGAGACGGCCGGCGGCGGGCCGGGGCUCCCGGAGGGAACCGAGGGGCUGGGGGGCCCAGAGGAGCCGGCGGGAGAGGAGGGGCCGGCGGGAAUGGAGGAGCCGCGGCCGGAGGUGCCGGGUCCGGCGGGAAUGGAGGAGCUGGGGCCUGAGCGGCCGGGGGGGCCCGAGGAGCCGCGGCCAGAGGAACCAGAGCUGGCGGGGCCUGAGCAGCCGCAGCCGGAGAUGCCGGGGGAGCCGCGGCCAGAGGAGCCGGGGCCGGCGGGAAUGGAGGAGCUGGGGCCUGAGCGGCCGGGGGGGCCCGAGGAGCCGCGGCCGGAGCUCCCGGGGGAGCCGGCGGGGCCCGAGGAGCCAGAGGUGCCACAGCCCGGGGAGCCGCGGCCGGUGGGGCCGGAGGAGCCGCGGCCAGAGGAACCAGAGCCGGCGGGGCCUGAGCAGCCGCAGCCGGAGAUGCCGGGGGAGCCGCGGCCAGAGGAGCCGGGGCCGGCGGCGGCCGGCGAGGAGGAGGGGGCGGCGGCGGUCGAGGCGGCUCCGGCCGAGGGCUUGGCACGGGGGCCCGCGGGGCGCUCGGAGCCGCCGGCCGAGGCGGAGGAGGAGGAGGCGGAGGAGGAGGUGGUGGAGCCGGAGGAGGAGGCAGAGGAGGACGCGGAGGCCCGCGUGGAAAACAUCAAGCUGAAGCAUGAAAUCGAAAAGCUGGAAUCGGCUCUGAAAGCCCAAGGAGAAGAGGCAGAGGGAGUGCAGUUCAUAGACUUCGAGCAGCUGAAGAAGGAGAAUCAGAAAUACAGUGAGAAGAUUGACGACCUCGGUGAGGAGCUGCUGAAGCUCCAGAAGAAGAUCUCCAAUACAGUGCAAAUUCUGAGCCAGUUCAAGGAAAAACUACAGUUUGUGGAAGCUGAGAACCAAGGGAGAAAGGCUGAACUGAUGCACAUCGAGGCCAUCUUGUCACAGAAGAGAGACCUUCUGACCAAAACAAAGCAGACCAGAGACCGGCUGCGGAUGAACAACUUCAAACUGCAGCAGCAAUGUGGGCUGCUUGGGAAUGAGACUUUGCUUCGGGACUUUGAGGAAAAUGUGGAUACUGCAAAGCUGUUUAGUCAGCGAUUAGAAAUCCUGAAACGUCACCAUGCUGGUCUGAUCCUUACGUGUGAGGGAAUUAAGAAAAAAAUAAAGGAAGCCAAGUCCCCUUUACCUUGCUGAGGCUGACUGAGGAAAAGAAAGCAUGAAAGAGAUGUUUUAAAAAAACCCCACACUCCUUUGUUUAAGUCCUG